CGGGCGCGGCGUGCACAAGCAGCACUUCGAACAGCACAUCGCCACGCUCCUCGGCAAGACAAAGGGGACAUACUUCAUCACGGGGAUCCAGGCACAACUCGCGGCGAUGAAGAUCUGGUGCGACCGGGCCAACAACCAGCGCGUCGCGUGGCACUGUCGCUCGCAUCCGGAGACGGCGGAGAGCAACGCAUACGCCGAGGUGUUCCAGCUUCAGCGCAGCUUCAUCGGGACGUCUCCCGUCCACGUCCCGACGGUCGCAGAUAUCCAGGUCGUGACACGUCGACCGGCAGACGAACGACCCGCCGUCAUCCUGCUGGAGCUGCCGAACCGCCAUCUCGGAUGCCAGACGUACCCCUACGACGACCUCGUGCAGAUCUCGCGCCUGUGCCGAGCGGCGAACAUCCGGCUGCAUCUUGACGGGGCGCGAUUGUGGGAGAUCCAGCCCUUCUACAACAGACCCUUUGCGGACCUCGCCCGCCUCUUCGACUCCGUCUACGUGAGUCUCUACAAGGGCCUCCGCGGCACGGUCGGCUGUGUCCUCGCCAGCUCCGACGCUGCCUUCAUGGCCGAAGCCGCGCUCUGGCAGCGCAGACUCGGCGGCUGGAUGGUCACCUCCUACCCGGUCCUCAUCGACUGUGAGCGUGCCUUCAACCUCAACAUCGGCACGUUCGAGCGCAAAUGGCGCAAGAUGUGCGCCGUCGCUGCGGCCAUCGUCCAGGCCACCAAAGACUUCACCACCUCCGACGGCCGUCCCAUCGUCUACUUCACCCCGGAGGUGCCCACCUGCUGCCAGGUCCACACGCAUAUCCGGGGAGUCACCCGGGAACGCCUAGCUGCAGCCAGGGACGAGGUCGAGAGGGAUCUGGGUCUCAGUGUGUUUCCGUGGACGCUGCCCUCGCCAUUCAUGCAUGAGCUGGAUCCAGACUGGGUCUUGGUAAACGGGGAUCCUCUGGCCGUUCAAGGGAUGGAUCAAUAUUUCGAGUGGUCGAUCACGGACAAGAAUGUCGACAUUCCAGAUGCCGUUUUUGCGCAGGGUUGGAGGGCUAUUGUCACUGUUCUUUUUGCAUAAUACUGAAUGCUUCACAAUAUAAUAUUUUCACCAUUUCAUUACUCUUCCUUGAAUAUUCUUGCUCUAAGCAACUAUCUGCAUCUAAGGACACCCUUUCCCCUCCUAACCCACACAUUCAUCUAAAACCAUAGCCACUAGGUAAAUACUUUUUAUAGUCUUCUUUUCUCUCAAAGGAAGCCCUAUAUAGUCUUCCUAGAGGGUAAGAUGCUAGGCGGAAUUAUUAUCAUGUAUAGAAUGUCAAUAAAAGGGCUCUAAUAUAGGGCUAUAGGU